CUGACACUAAAGCGGAGACGGUCUAUUCUUCCCAAGUUUGUGAACUUAUUUUUAAUCAAGUGGAGUGCAGUGACGUUGUUGCCUACUACUUUCACAGGAAAACCACCCUCUGUGAAAUAAAGCACGUGCCGUGACAGUUCGUAGGUUGGAAAGACUUUACUCAUCCCUUGCAGACAGCAACAAGUUCUUUGCCUAGGAUAUCGACGGCUCCCAAGCGUUUCAGCUAAAGCAAUUGCUAUUGCACGUCGUAGAUUGCACAGUCAGUACGCCCCUUUUCCAGUGGUCCGUCCCCAACAGCUGCAGAGAAAAGUAGUUCCAGCGGAACGCACAAUAUGUCUUCUUUAAAACAGAAAAGCUUACUACGGGAAGCAUCUCAUCAGAUCAUAGCGGGUGGAUCAGCGGGUCUGGUGGAGAUCUGUCUCAUGCACCCCCUGGAUGUGGUGAAGACCAGGUUCCAGAUCCAGAGAGGUUCCAACGACCCGCAUGGCUACAAGGGCCUGGGCGACUGCUUCAGGACCAUAUUCCGGAAUGAAGGGGUAUACGGGUUCUACAAGGGCAUCCUACCCCCGAUCCUGGCCGAGACACCAAAGAGGGCAGUUAAGUUCUUCACCUUUGAGCAGUAUAAGAAGCUCCUGAGCUUUACCCCGCUGUCCCCAGCAAUGGCGCUGUCCCUGGCAGGGCUUGGUGCAGGUCUGACUGAGGCUGUGGUGGUCAAUCCCUUUGAGGUGGUGAAGGUCAGCUUGCAGGCGAACAGAAACUCUUUUCAAGUGCAACCCUCCACCUUCGCGCAGGCCCGCCACAUCAUCCAAUCAGACGGCUUGGGCCUGCGAGGGCUGAACAAGGGGCUGACCUCCACACUGGGGCGACACGGCGUCUUCAACAUGAUCUACUUCGGCUUCUACUUCAACGUGAAGGAUGCCAUCCCUGCCAGCAAGGACCCCACCCUGGAGUUCCUGCGGAAGGUUGCGAUCGGCCUGACCUCGGGGACCAUCGCCUCCUGCGUGAACAUCCCCUUCGACGUGGCCAAGAGCCGAAUCCAGGGCCCGCAGCCCGACCCCGGGGAGAUCAAAUACCGCACCUGCUUCCAGACCAUGGCCGUGGUGUACCGCGAGGAGGGAUAUUUCGCCUUGUACAAAGGACUCGUUCCCAAGAUAAUGAGGCUUGGACCAGGUGGGGCGGUGAUGCUCCUGGUGUACGAGUAUGUCUCUGGCUGGCUGAACAGGAACUGGUGAGGAGUGACUAACCACCCCUCCCCAACCCCCCCCUUCACCCCGCCACCACACCAAAUCAGGACUCCCCCCUGAACCCAACCAGCCAGCCUGCCACCUGGGAUCCUCCAGGCCCACCAUCUGUCCACCAAAGCCAGCACUGCCAGUCCUCAUUUCACAGACCAGUCCCCACUGCCCACCCGGCCCACUGGAGACCUCUCCCCACUACAGGGACCAGCAUUGCCCCACUCACCCUCCCAGCCUACUGGAGACACUACUGGGGCCUGCAGAGCCCCACCCACCCAUCCACCCACCCACCCCAGUGGAGACCUCUGCCCUCUACAGGGACCUGCAGAGCCCCACCCAUCCAUCCAUCCAUCCACCCAACCCCACUGGAGACCUCUCCCCACUGGAGACCUCUCCCCACUACAGGGACCUGCAGAGCCCCACCCAUCCAUCCAUCCACCCAACCCCACUGGAGACCUCUCCCCACUGGAGACCUCUCCCCUCUACAGGGACCUGCAGAGCCCCACCCAUCCACCCAGCAGGGAGCCUCCUGCAGGACAUCGCUGCCCUCUACGAAUCUCCCAAGGACCCAUUCCUCUGACUCGCACCCCAGUCCUGCUAAUCCUCGCCCCAUCCUCACUCGUUCUUACAUUGAUUAAGAGGGAAACAUUGUAUUAUUCUGAUUGGGCCGCACCGCCACCUGCGAUCAGAACUGAACUGAACUGACAAACAAAAGGGAGUGACUGCAGCAGAUAUAUAUCAGUGAACAUACAUGACCAACAAGUAUAUAGUGCACAUUGCGCAUGUGUAGCGAUUGGCUACCUCAGCUGUCUCGUCUUUUGUGUCGAUGAGAUGUUCUUAAUGAUGAUUUACUCAGGGACACUGUGAGAGCAAUAUCCAUACUUUGAACAGUUAACCAUCAGUUAGGCAGACCUUUUUAUCCACACUACUUUUAUUUGAUGGCCGUCUUUUCCUGUGAUGCAGUAUUUUUUUUAAAUGACCCGCAGUUCCCGAUGAAAUGAACACUGCUUUCGGCCAUUUUGUGUAACGUCUCUUUGUGUUCUGUAGUGCAGAUCUGAUACCUGACCUGAGUCUUGAGUCCUGAGGCCUUCUGGCCCAGUCAGUCAACCCCUACGACUAACUGCCUUUUUCUUUGCUUGUCCCGUUAAGACAAAAUUAAAAGAGGUAAUACAAGCUGGUAAUAAAUGAUAAAUGAAUGAA